AUGUCUAGACAAGUUCCAGUAUCCUUGGCUUACAACGGAGAUGGUAAUGGUAAUGAUGACGAUGACGAGUGGCUUAGACGCUUGUUGGAGGUGUCACCAGACCCAAGCGAUACUGAAGAGGAUGACUGUCUCCCCCCAGAUUUUUUUCACGACAAUCUUGCGGACUCACCUCAGUUUGCUUCCCUCGAUGAGCUGUUCGACUACAUCAACUACUAUAGUAACCUAGAGGAUGACUGUGUGUCUUUCGGGGACCCUUUUUUUGACGUUGCUGGUCCUUCAGGGGAGCAACAAGGUGGUGGUGGUAGUGGAGUGAAGCGACCGUAUGAUUCCGAUGACGAAGAGGAGGAGGAUAAUAGUGAUAAGGAGAGUGUAGCGUACGAUUUGCGACAAACAUCCACCAAGCGUUCCACUAAAAUGCGUACUGAUUGUACCGAUUACAAAUUGAAGGUCGAUUUACCUUUGCGUGACACCAUCAAGGAAGCUUUGGAGGACUUGGAGGGGGUGCUGGACCGGGUACUCGACGACACGUUACGUGGGGUCCAAGGGCACGACUACGCACGUAUCACCAUUGAUGCUCCGUCUCUGAAAAACCCAAUUGCGUUACCAUUUAUGCGCCGCCAUCAACUCACUCCUCAGCGUAUCAUGGGUGUCAUAGAGACGGUAGUGCAAUCUAAUGAACAGUUUGUGUUUCAAGGUGAUUUUGAACUUCAUGUGAUCCGUACCCACCUUCCAUUGGGGGCUGGGAAAAACACUGUGAAGAAUUCUUGUACCCUGAAUACAUGUGAUUUAGAGACGUGGAGGAAGGGGAAAAAGAGUAUCAUUCGCAUUCGAAACAGUGAUGAACUGUGUGCGGCACGUGCUAUUGUGGUUGGCAUGGGGCAUCUGACUAAGGACCCUAACUACACCAAGUUGUACAAACCGACACGAAGUAACACACGUAACCCUUCGAUCCCCUUGCAAACGGAGCGGGCCAAGGUGCUGCAUUCCGAAGCGGGCGUACCCGAGGGUCCAUGUGGUAUCCCGGAAAUCCAACAAUUCCAGCGUUAUCUAGGAGGGCAAGGGUUUGAAUUGAAUGUAGUAUCCCGGGAACACGCUAACACUGUGAUCUACUCUGGAGGCUUACCUGAUCCUAAGUAUAGGCUUUACCUAUAUUACGCCAAGGGUCACUUUGAUUACAUUAGUAGCAUGGCAGGAUUGUUAGGGCGUUGCUAUUAUUGUACAGUGUGCAAAAAAGGGUACAAUAAUAAACAGCACAAGUGUGUGAACCUGUGUUAUGGGUGCGGUGAAUUGGAUUGCUCCCCUUUGGCGCCACCACCCGAACAAGAUCACCGUUGGAAUUGGAGGCAUUGUACCGAGUGUAAUAGGUACUUCCGUACACCCAAGUGUUUUGAGAACCAUAAGCUUGUCAAGCCUAGAGGGUUAGUUGGUAAGAAGGAUGUGAACUCGUGGUCGUACUGCCAACUAUAUCAUAAAUGUGAGACAUGUGGCAAACGUGUUGACAUGAUAGCUACCCGGAAGGAGGGAAGGGAGCAUGUAUGCGGGGAAUACAAGUGUUCCGUUUGCAAGGAAGUGGUUCCCCCUGACCACUUGUGUUACGUGACGGUAGGCGCUGAUGCCCUUCCCAAGGGUGGGGAUGACGAUGAUAGCAUGCGGAUUAUCAUCUUCGAUUUCGAAGCCAUGCCACUGGAACAGAAACACACUGUGAAUUUCGUGGGUGUCCAAAAACUGUGUGACACGUGUAAGGGGUGGCCAAUGGACCGCCUGGAGUGUGGUACGUGUGGUCUCCGGAAACACAGUUUUGUCACAGUUCAAGCGUUUUGUGACUGGUUGUUUGGUGGGAGUAAUGGUGGCUACACAUGUUUGGCACAUAAUUUCAAAGGUUACGACUCCUACUUUAUUUUGGAGUACCUCUUCGAGAAUGGCAUUAAACCUAAUGUGAUCUUUACUGGCGGAAAAGUAAUGCAUUUGAAGAUUGACUCGCUAAAGAUUGAUAUGAAGUGUACUUUGGACUUCUUACAAAUGCCUUUGAGUAAACUUCCUAAAGCCUUCGGAUUUGACCAUGUUACCCAGAAGGGUUUUUCCCCCACUUUUUUAAUACCGCUGAACAUCAAGACUAUGUGGGACCAAUGCCUGAUUUAA